CCUCUUAAAUUUCUGCGGAAAUCGAAUCUUGGUAAGCAAAAAGCAUAAAUCCAUCAUCAUCAUCAUCGUCGUCCAAAAGGAAGAGGAAAAUGGAUUUCAGAAUAAUAGGUUACGACUACCCACUCCUCUACACCCUCAACCACAUGAUGGAUCUCCACGAAGACGACACCAACAAGAACCCAAACGCCGCAUCUCGUGUUUACAUCCGAGAUGCCAAGGCCAUGGCGGCGACUCCGGCAGAUAUCAGGGAAGACCCCAAGUCUUACGUCUUCGUCGUCGACAUGCCGGGGCUGAAAUCGGGGGAUAUCAAAGUACAGGUGGAGGCCGACAACGUGCUGUUGAUCAGCGGCGAAAGGAAGCGAGAGAAAGAGAAGGAAGGGGCCAAGUACGUGAGAAUGGAGAGGAGGGUCGGCAAAUUUAUGAGGAAGUUCGUGUUGCCGGAUAAUGCUAACACCGAUGCCAUCUCGGCAGUAUGUCAAGAUGGGGUUUUGACGGUCACCGUUGAGAAAUUGCCGCCGCCGGAGCCUAAGAAACCCAAGACCAUUGAGGUCAGGAUAUGUUGACAGGGUGAGGUUUCUUCUUGGUUUAAAUAAUCGCCCUUGAUGC